AUGUGGGCUCUGCGUUCUGGAUUGAUACGAAUUCAUAACUGCCGUAUAAUUCAACGAUUUUUAGUUGGCCAAAACACCUUGGGUCGGCUAUCAUCAAAGCUGUCACUUACUUAUACGUGCAAAGUGUGUAAAUCACGUCAGGGUCCAAAAGAGAUUUCAAAAGUUGCUUACGAAGAGGGUGUUGUAUUGGUGACGUGCGACUCUUGUAAGAACCAUCACAUCAUCGCAGAUAAUUUGGGUUGGUUCUCGGACUUGAAAGGGAAAAAGAAUAUCGAAGAAAUCCUCGCUGAAAAGGGCGAAUCAGUGACAAGAACACUCGAAGGCACUACAGUCAACAUCGUCCCGAAAGGUCAGAUGUUCGGACGUUGUUUUUCAUUUACUCGAUACUGA